AUGUCAAGAAAGUUUAAACAACUAAAGGAACAAUUAACAUCUCAUAAUCAAAAUCAAAAUCAAAAUCAAAAUCAAAAUCAAAAUCAAAAUCAAAAUCAAAAUCAAAAUCAAAAUCAAAAUCAAAAUCAAAAUCAAAAUCAAAAUCAAAAUCAAAAUCAAAAUCAAAAAGAUGAAGCAGAAAAAGAAAAAGAAAAACAGAUACUAACUAUAAAUAGUGUUAAUAGAGCCCCAUUUAAAUUUAAAGAAAAUUCAUCAUUUACAGAAAAAUCAGAUCAUAAUCAAAAAGAAAGGAACAACCACCAUCAUCAUUUAAUAACACAAAUUAAUCACCAAAAGCAAGAAGAUCUAAACACAGUUUUAAAAGAAAAGAAAAAACUACCAUCUAUAUUAAAUAAUGAUAAUGAAACCCCCUCAUUUAAAUUAAACCUACCAAUUACAGAAAAAUCAAACCAUCAUCAAAACGAUACAACUACAGUUUUAAAAGAAAAGGAACAACCAUCAUGA